AUGAUCAUGCGCUUCUUUCACGCGCUCACUGCCAUCUCGGUCUCGCUGCUGCUCCUCUCGGUCCGCGCUGAGGAUCAGCUCAUUCUGCGCCCAUCCUCCGACGAGGAGCAGCGCCGCGCCACCCAGCCAAAGUGCGGCAUCGACGACUAUCGCUUCAAGUUCUUGCGUCCUGCUGUGAAUGCUGCGCUGGAACAGGGCGAGGAGUUCGAAGUCAUCUAUUGUGAGUGUGCGUCGCGUCUCUGGGCCCAUCCUCGCGUGCUCGGGCCCCGCCUUACCUUGCUGUCAUUCUUCUCUCCCCCCGCAGGCUCUGGGGCCUAUUUCAAAAUCUCCUCCAUCGAAGCGACGCUGUUCCUGGAGCAAUCCUACCGUACCAACCUGCAGCACAUCUACACGCUGGCCGAGCACGUCAAGCCCGUCGCUGGCGAAUCCGACGCGGGUUACAGCGCCUACCAUUUCAAAGCUCGUAUUCCAAAGGAGAUCGAUCUGGCUAGCAACUUUAACCUCCUUCUCAAUGAAACGACCACCACGUACGGAUAUGGCGGCAAUGCGGACGGCACAGACGUGUACGAUACGUUGCUGCCCAUCAAAGUCUUUGAGCAAGGCGGCACACCUCGCCCAACGUCCGACACGCCAAAAGGUCCAGCAUAG